CAUGGGCGACAAUGAAGAGAAAGCCCUACAGCUAAUGGCCGAGGCUGGAAAGAAGCUAACACAGCAGAAAAGUUUCUUUGGAAUGUUGUUUGGUGGCUCCAACAAAGUCGAAGAGGCCAUCGAAUGCUACCAACGUGCUGGCAACAUGUUUAAAAUGUCCAAAAAUUGGACCAAGGCUGGUGAAUGUUUUUGCGAGGCAGCAAAUUUGCAUUCCCGUGGUGGCAGUCGCCAUGAUGCCGGCAUUGCAUAUGUUGAUGCCUCCAAUUGUUAUAAGAAGGUCGAUGUUGAAAGUGCUGUCGCAUGUCUCCUAAAAGCCAUUGAUAUUUACACCGAUAUGGGUCGCUUUACAAUGGCUGCAAAAUAUCAUCAAAGCAUUGCUGAAAUGUAUGAAAGUGAUCCGAAUACCUUGCAUCAGGCCAUUGAACAAUACGAGAAAGCAGCCGAUUAUUUUAAGGGUGAAGAAUCGACCAGUUCGGCUAAUAAAUGUAUGCUGAAAGUUGCCCAAUAUGCUGCCCAAUUGGAGGAUUAUGAAAAGGCCAUUAAUAUUUAUGAACAGGUCGCUGCCUCCUCCUUGGAAAGUUCAUUGCUCAAAUACAGUGCUAAGGAAUACUUUUUCCGGGCCGCCCUAUGUCAUCUUAGCAUUGAUUUGCUGAAUGCCCAACAUGCCAUUGAAAAAUAUUGUCAACAAUAUCCAGCUUUUCAAGAUUGUCGUGAAUAUAAAUUGAUCAAGGUACUCUGCGAACAUUUGGAAGAUCAAAAUAUCGAUGGCUUUACCGAUGCCAUUAAGGACUAUGAUAGCAUCUCACGUUUGGAUCAAUGGUACACCACGAUAUUGUUGCGCAUCAAAAAAGCAGCCGAUGAUAGUCCUGAUCUACGAUAA